AUGUGGUUUCUCUAUAUUUUGAAAAACCUCAUGUGAGUUUUUUUUUAAAUUUUUUAAUGAACAUUGAAAAGAUAUUUUUAGUUAUUAUCUAUGGAACGUCGGUUUGGAUCGCUUGAUACAAGUUUAUGAAGAACGGAAAGAAUCUGAGGUUGAAAAUAAAAAAUUGAUAGCGUAAGUUGAUAUCUGCCUGUGAAUAUUCAUCUGGAAUUUUUGAAGGAGAUUUGAAGAAUUGAAUUUGGAAAUCCAAGAUGUGCAAUUGGAGGCUCUUGCGAUACAAGGAACUUUGAAAAGGUAAUUUCAGCUUUAUUUAAUAAAUAAUAAGACAAUAUUUUUUUUAUAUUUUCAGAGAAAUACAGGAGAAAGAUACACAUAUCGGUCAACUUCAGAUGUCAACUUACUGGUAUAUGAAUAGUUCUGAAAGGUGAUUCAUUUGAUAAAAACCAUUCAUACGGAUUUUUGUUUAGAAAAUUGAGAACCAAGGAUUUGGAAAUUGGAGAAUUGCAAGAAAAGGUGAUGGAGUUGCAAGAAAUUCUGGCAAGGUGAUUAUAGUCAUAUAAUUGAUUUAUUAAUUGAUUAGAUACAACAUUUUUAUUUUUUUAGAAAAGAUCGUGAGAAGAAAUUGGCAAUCAGUGAAUUACAAAAGAAGAAUUCAUUGCUGGAAAAUACUUUGCAAAGGUAAAUUUAUUUUUUCCCACCACCUAUUUUUCUUUUUAAUUCAAUUAUGUGACUAUUUGCUCUAAUUAUUUCUAAUGUACUUAAUCACGUUAAUAGCGUUCAAUAGAUAAAAUAAAAAAUAAGAAUAGCCUAAUACUGACUGAAUGAAACAAUUUUGUUUUCAGCAUACAACGGGAAAACAGAACAACAAUCUCUGAAUUGGAAUCCUUCUCACACAUAUAUAAAAAUUGGUUUGAGAGGUAAUUACAGUAAUCUGAUUAUUUUUUUGUUCACGAAAUAACAUGUUUCAAGGGAAAACAGAGAGAAACUACACAAUUUGGUACAAUAUAGUAUUGUGACUGACUCGUAUUGUAAAUUAUAUAGAAGGUAAGACACGGGAGAAAUUGAGGUAACUUUGAUGUUUGUGUUGUAUAAUUGUGAGUUGCAGUGAGUAUGUGUUUCAGUCGUAGUUUUCGCGCUUUUUGAUUUUCUAUUACUCUGAGCCAACAAAUAUAAUUUUACGAAUAGAAUCGAACUUGUAGAAAUAUAUAUUUUUUCAGUCUUCAAGAAGCAUAUAUAGAAAAAUGUGAUGAAAUCGAGAAUCAGCGAAAAAUAAUUGAAGAAAACUUAUUGGAGCUAGAAAAAGAACGGAAAAUGUUUGAAGCAAAAUUGGCAGAGAUCCAAAAACAACGAGCUGAAGAAACUAUGCAACAUCUUAAUGAUCGUCAUUUAUACAACUAUGCUUGUCGAUUGACAAAAACAAAUCUGGAUAUUCUGAUGAAAUGUAUCGCUAACUGCAGAAAACAUUUCAGAAUUACUGAUUAUGAAAUUAAUAAAGCAAUCACUAAAUGCAAUCCUGAAAUCUAUUUGAUUAGAACUAUAUUUGCUGAUCCUAUUCACCUCAAUCCAUGGUUAUAUCGCCGUUUUAUUACAUUCGAUUUGUACGGAAUAUCAAAUACUUCACUACGUACUUUGGUAGAAGAAACUAAAAAUUGUAUUUUGACUUUACCAGGUGAUCAAAUAAUUAAAGAUGAUGAUGUGAAUAUGGAGGAAAUUAAUAGAAUAUCAGAAGAAAUGAAUCCGAAAAAUUGGUUUAAUUCAAGAAAAUUGUCUAUUUCUGAACAGCUUCAGACGGAAACAACAAACUUCAGUGAUUCUGAAAAUGAUUUGGUUGUUUCUGAAAAUGAUGAUGACAUUUCCGAAUUGGAAGAUGAUCUCAAAACCAAGUUGCCAAACUCUGAACAACUCAAAAUUGAAACAUCGAAUUCAAGCGAUUCUGAAGAUGCGUUGGUUGUUUCUAAAAGCACUGAUAUUUCAACAAAUUCCGAUGGUUUUCAAUAUGAUUUGAAAGAGGAGUUGGAAACAUGUGAGAAUUGUAAAAAAGAUGUUCAUGAAGAGGUUUGUAGUUUUUUUUUCCUGAAUUUUUAAAUAAAAGGGAUUGUUUUCAGUUCAAUCAUAUGUUAUCGCCUGGAAAAGACAGUGAAUGCUUUGAUAUUCCGGAAAGUGUCGAUAUCCAAGAAUUAUCGGUUAGUUGCAAAAAAUUUUGGUUAGACUACUGCAAUUUGAACAUUUUCUUUAUUUUUCAGAACUCGAGUAUGCAGAUUCAGGAAAUCGUUGAAUCAGCUCCUCCUGCGGCUGAACCAGUUAAAACAGAAUUGUACGAUUCUGAAGCAGUUAAAGGACAGCCUGCCCCAGUUGAGCGAGAAUUUUCAGUAUGUCAGGAUCAUUCGCCUGAAUCAAUGCAAGAAGGUUCUCUUGAACAAGUUCAAGAAGAUAUUCUUGCGUUGUUUGAAACAGUUCAAGCUCUUGUAUCAGUUGAUGCAGAUAUUCCAGCGCCUGCUCCAACAGAGUGUGAAUUUUCGGUAUGUGUUUUGAUUCUGAUGAUAUCUAUAGCAUUUUUUGCAGAGAUCCGCUCCUGACUAUGAUGAACUCUUCCCAAAUUGCCUCUCAAUUUCGUGUGCAUCAGUUCAAGCAGUUCCUUCUACGCCUAAACCAGUUCACACAUAUUCUUUUGUUGCUGCACUAACUCGAACAACUUCUCCUGCGCUUGUACUAAUUCAGGCAGAUCUUCCAACGCCAUUGCCAAUCCAAGAUGAUCCAGCGCUUGAACUAGUUACAAAAAAUCCUGAUGUUCCGGAAGCAGUUCAAGAAGCGUUUCCUACUAUUGCACCUGUCUCAGUUGAACGGGAAUUUUCCGUAUGUUUUGUGAUUUUGAUAAUAUCCAUAGUAUUUUUUUUCAGAGAACAGCUUCUGACUAUGAUCAACUCUUCCCGAACUCUCUCUCAAUUUCAUUCAGCGAACAGGAUUAUCAGCCUGCAUCAAUGCAAAAACGUUCUCUUGCUCCUGAACAAGUUCAAGAAGAUAAUCUUGCGUCUGAAACAGUUCAAGAUCUUGUAUCAGUUGAAGCAGAUAUUCCAGCGCUUGCUCCAAUAGACUGUGAAGUUUCUGUAUGUUUUUUUGAUUUUGAUGAUACCUAUUACAUUUUUUGCAGGAGAUUGCUUCUGAAAAUGAUGAACUCUUCCCGAACUCUCUCUUAAUCAGAGAACAGGAUUAUCCGCCUGCAUCAAUGCAAGAAGAUUCUCUUGCUCCUGAACAAGGUCAAGAAGAUAAUCUUGCGUCUGAAACAGUUCAAGAUCUUGUAUCAGUUGAAACAGAUAUUCCAGCGCUUGCUCCAAUAGAGUGUGAAGUUUCUGUAUGUUUUUUUUAUUUUGAUGAUAUCCAUAACUUUUUUUUGCAGGGAAUUGCUCCUGAUGAUCAACUCUUCCCGAACUCUCUCUCAAUUUCACUCGGAGAACAGGAUUAUCCUUCUGCUCCUUCAGAAACUUCUCACACUUCAGCACUAGUUCAAGAAGAUCCUUCCACUUCUGAAACAAUUCACGAAGAUCCUUCUGCGCCCGAAUUAGUUCAACAAGAAUUUUCCGUAUGCUUUGCGGUUUUCAUAACAUAAAUUUCUAAUUUUUUUCCAGAGAACCGCACUUGACUAUGAUGAAUUAUUUCCGAAUUGUAUUUCAGUUUCACUCAAGAAACGCGAUUAUAGAUCGAAAUAA